UUAUAACCAAUAAGUAUGCAGUCAGCAGGUCGUACAGCCAAAAUUUUAGAAUUGGCCAAAAGAAAAUUUGAAGUAAACAGUACACUAUUGGAUGUUACCAAUACUAGAAAUGUUAAACAGACUGAAUCCGACUAUGAGAACCAACCAUCAACUAGUGGCUCGCAAAUUUCUGGUCAAACACCCAAUACAGAGAUUUCUAAGCAGCUAUCAUCUAGCAGCCAUCACCCAGAACCAAUUCCCUUUGAAGUUUCUGAUCCAAAAAUAGUUCUUCCACUAGAAUCUGAUUUAGAAAAUGAAGGUCAGACUAAUUUAGCAGAGUCCAUUAGCAGUGAAUAUUUAGGAGGCUCCAAAGGCAUAUCUCAAAUGCAUGUACAGUAUGAUGUAUCGUAUGAAUCCGAGCGCCCUACAGUUUUAAGGAUAUUGAAAAAGCCAAAUUACUUUGUGUCUCCGGUUCAUAGCGGAGAAAGUGAUGUGGAUGACCCAGAUGAAGAUCCAAAUUUUGAUAAUACUAAAACAACCUUUAAUCUUAACCCAGUUUCCGGAUCCGAAAGUUCGACCAGCAACUCAAACAGCAGCGAGGGCGAAGAACAGAAUGAAUACCCUGAUGGCAAAGAAGAAGAGAAGAAAAAAAAAAGGAAAGAAAAGAAGAAGGAACUUUGAGAACUGGGGUGUUACUCAAUCUAAAAAACUAAGGAAUUCUGGACAGGCGUAUAUAUCCAGUUCAAAAUC